AUGAGUGAAGGGGAGGUUGGAAGAGAUCGCGUGCUGUGCGACGUUACGGUGCAGCAUUUGCCCUGCGAAAUUCAAUACACAGGCGGCGCUCCGAUCUCUACCUAUUUCGUUGUGAAAGGGGACGGAGAAGGGAAAGAAGCAACGUUUCGAGGUAGAUUGUUGAAGGGCGAGGUCAUUUCUCUUCCAGAGAAGACUUCUGGUUUUGUAAUGUCAAAGAAGAUUACACCAGACGGAAAGGAGAGAUUGGAAAUUGAAAAGUCGUUUAAGGAGGUAACGGAGUGGUUCGCUGAUGAAAUACCGACGGACAAGGAGAGUCAUGCAAUCAAAUCCUGUAUAGAGUAUAUGAAGAUGAUGGAACAAGUUGUGUCUUUUUUGCAAUCUCAUCCUGUAGAUUCAGAGUUGGUCUUUUUGUUGCAACAAGCAUAUACAAAUUGA